AAGGAAGGAGUCCCUCUAAUCUUAAUCCCAGUGGUUACUGAGCGUCGUUGGGAUAAAGGGUGCACGAAUGCUGGAUGUUCGUCUACCUGGUUUUUUUAUUAUAAUGGAUUCUACGGAAUAUAUUCGUAAGGGUCGCUACGGCGAUGCUAUUUAAUUCUGUGUAAAUUAUUCAUUUAGUGGGAAAGGUAAAAAAUAUUGAAUAUCAAGACUGUACGUGUACGUGUAGUACGAGUUAUCGAUACGCGUCACGUUAACGCAACAUUAGAAUGAGGAAACCGACGAGGAAUCUUCGGAAUACAAAGUCCCCAGAAAGUCGCGAGAAAGUUAUCCAGUGGAAUAUUAGUGCCCCUGGACGGUACUGGCUGUAAUGUCUCUUGUACGAAUUCCUCUUUGCUGUUAUUGCGUAGCGACGUUUAUGCUCCACGAGAGAGUGAGAGGGAAGAUCAGGGUCUUCUAAGAAAACGUACCAAAUGGCGGUCAUUGUUAUAGCUACCGAAUGCCAACUCUGACCCAUCCGGCUUUCGUUUGGCUCUGCCAAUUGCAAUAACGUUUCUCUUAUUGGAUUGUUUUGCAAGAGUAUGUGCAUUGAGAUUUUAUUAUUGAAUUUCGCUAAUUGCUCAGUUUUAAGGAUUAAAGCAGAAAUUGCGUUUUUGAUAAUAUCUGGUUAUCUUCAAUUGUAAAACGUAUUACCAAUUGUAUGACGUAAUAUAUAAAUACUUAGAUAAAUGACACUCCUGGAAUAUGGGUCAAUAAAAUAAUAAAAUGUUGGAGAUUAUUAUGAUUCCUAUAUAAAGCGAAUGUCUUGGUAAGAAGUUGUCAUAAGCCGGUGUCACGUUUGAAAAACAGCUCAGUAAAAUGAAGACGGAUGUGAAGACAGAGAUGCUGGUCAUCGGGACGGUCCUCGUUGCAACGUUGUUUCAAUGCAGCUUCGGUGCGGAUUGUGGCUCCUAUGGAUUUGCCUGCUCUUCUUGUACGACUUUGCAAAUAUGCAGUAACAAUGUUGCGUCAAGUAUUAAUCUAACGUGCCCUGUCGGUACAUACUGUUCUGUAUCUUCGUCGUCCAUGUGUACUGCGGAUGAGUGUUCAGAUGCAGAAACAACCACGACUGAUGCGACGACGACUGAUGCGACGACGACUGAUGCGACGACGACUGAUGCGACGACGACUGAUGCGACGACGACUGAUGCGACGACGACUGAUGCGACGACGACUGAUGCGACGACGACUGAUGCGACGACGACUGAUGCGACGACGACUGAUGCGACGACGACUGAUGCGACGACGACUGAUGCGACGACGACUGAUGCGACGACGACUGAUGCGACGACGACUGAUGCGACGACGACUGAUGCGACGACGACUGAUGCGACGACGACUGAUGCGACGACGACUGAUGCGACGACGACUGAUGCGACGACGACUGAUGCGACGACGACUGAUGCGACGACGACUGAUGCGACGACGACUGAUGCGACGACGACUGAUGCUACCACGACUCAUGCCACGACGACUGAUGCUACAACGACAGAAUCUACGACCACUGAAGCCUUCAACUGUACCGCAGAGGGAAGAUUUGCUAAUACUUCAGAUACCACCUGUCAAUCAUAUUAUUUUUGCUUCCUCAAUGGAACCAGUUAUUCUCUAUGGGAAUUGACUUGUCCCACAACAACCGUUUUCAACCCAACGACAGCCCUGUGCGUAGCCAAUACGAGCUACAGCUGCAAUGCUGAAACUACAACUGCAGCUUCUAUAAUGACGACAGAAGCUACGACCGCUGAAGCCUUCAACUGUACCGCAGAGGGAAGAUUUGCUAAUACUUCAGAUACCACCUGUCAAUCAUAUUAUUUUUGCUUCCUCAAUGGAACCAGUUAUUCUCUAUGGGAAUUGACUUGUCCCACAACAACCGUUUUCAACCCAACGACAGCCCUGUGCGUAGCCAAUACGAGCUACAGCUGCAAUGCUGAAACUACAACUGCAGCUUCUAUAAUGACGACAGAAGCUACGACCGCUGAAGCCUUCAACUGUACCGCAGAGGGAAGAUUUGCUAAUACUUCAGAUACCACCUGUCAAUCAUAUUAUUUUUGCUUCCUCAAUGGAACCAGUUAUUCUCUAUGGGAAUUGACUUGUCCCACAACAACCGUUUUCAACCCAACGACAGCCCUGUGCGUAGCCAAUACGAGCUACAGCUGCAAUGCUGAAACUACAACUGCAGCUUCUAUAAUGACGACAGAAGCUACGACCGCUGAAGCCUUCAACUGUACCGCAGAGGGAAGAUUUGCUAAUACUUCAGAUACCACCUGUCAAUCAUAUUAUUUUUGCUUCCUCAAUGGAACCAGUUAUUCUCUAUGGGAAUUGACUUGUCCCACAACAACCGUUUUCAACCCAACGACAGCUCUGUGCGUAGCCAACACAAGCUACACCUGCGAUGCUGAAACUACAACUCCGGCUACUACAACUACCACUCCGACUACUACAACUACCACUCCGACUACUACAACUACCACUCCGACUACUACAACUACCACUCCGACUACUACAACUACCACUCCGACUACUACAACUACCACUCCGACUACUACAACUACCACUCCGACUACUACAACUACCACUCCGACUACUACAACUACCACUCCGACUACUACAACUACCACUCCGACUACUACAACUACCACUCCGACUACUACAACUACCACUCCGACUACUACAACUACCACUCCGACUACUACAACUACCACUCCGACUACUACAACUACCACUCCGACUACUACAACUACCACUCCGACUACUACAACUACCACUCCGACUACUACAACUACCACUCCGACUACUACAACUACCACUCCGACUACUACAACUACCACUCCGACUACUACAACUACCACUCCGACUACUACAACUACCACUCCGACUACUACAACUACCACUCCGACUACUACAACUACAACUCCGGCUACUACAACUACCUCUGCAGCCAUUACAACGACGACUGUCGCUACUACAACUGCAUUCAGUUGCACCGCGUAUGGAAGAUUUGCUGAUACUACAGAUUCCACCUGUCAGUCAUACUACUUUUGCUAUCCGAACGGAAGCAGUUAUACGAUUAUGCAAAUGAAAUGUCCUACAACAACGGUAUUCAAUCCAACAAUAGCUAAAUGCGUAGCCAGCACAGCCUAUACUUGCACUAAUUAAAGCAAUAUAAAUGAACAUGCCAUAAUUGUAACCCAGGAUUAGAAUAAGGUAUGAAUGAGUAGUUUCCAUUUUAUAUUCUAUUACUAAUUUUAAAUGGGGCGAAGUUUUUUUUCGAAUAAUUUUGAAUGUAACACAAGUACUGAAUUAUAUUUUAAUAAAAUUCUUAACGUGGUGCGUAAA